UUUCGCAGCUGGAGGGUUCCUUAGAUUCCCAUCUCCACCUCGAACGGCAAAGCCAAACGCCAAAUCCCUAACCCCGAUCCCAAAUCCACCGGCUUUCCCCCCAAAUCCUCUCCUCUCCUCUCCUCGUCUCCUCCUUCCAAUUGAUCUUUGAUUUUGGUCUCUUUGGACGGAUUGUGGUUGCCUUGUGAAAUUGCAGGGAUAGGUUUUCGGUUUUCCAUUCGGGGCGGGGAGAGGGAUGAGUUCGGAGGAUGAUAUGCAUGAUGCGAACGAUCUGGAGUCUAUUGAUGAUGAUUUCUAUAGUGGGGAUACCGGGAUUGGGAGCGAUGAUGGGGAUGGGGACUAUGAUUUCGUUGAUAAUGAGUCUGAUGCUUCAGAUGAUAUAAUUUCGCGCCAGCAGCUGAACUAUAUAGUUUUGGGUGAAGCUGACAUACGGCAACGUCAGGAAGAAGACAUAAACAGGGUAUCUGCUGUACUUUCAUUGCCCAGAGUUGCAGCAUGUAUUCUUCUGCGGCAUUAUAACUGGAGUGUUAGUAGGGUGAAUGAUGAAUGGUUUGCAGAUGAAGAGAAUGUACGGAGGGUUGUUGGCUUGUUGGAGAAGCCAAUUGAAUUGCCAAAUGCUCGAGAACUAACUUGUGGAAUUUGUUUUGAGAACUACCCUCGUGAUAGGAUUAGUUCUGCUGCCUGUGGGCACCCAUUUUGUCAUGCUUGCUGGAGAGGCUAUAUUGGAACAUCCAUAAGUGAUGGCCCUGGGUCCCUUUCGUUGCGUUGCCCUGAUCCUUCCUGUAAUGCUGCUGUUGGUCAGGACAUGGUUAACUUUUUAGCAACUGAUGAUGAUAAAGAGAAGUAUUCCCGUUAUCUUCUCAGAUCUUAUAUUGAGGAUAAUAGAAAGACAAAAUGGUGCCCUGCCCCUGGCUGUGACUAUGCAGUAGAGUUCAUUAUGGGCAGUGGAAGCUACGAUGUAUGUUGCAAUUGUACGUAUGGCUUCUGUUGGAAUUGUACCGAGGAAGCCCAUAGGCCAGUGGAUUGCAGUACAGUGGCAACAUGGAUUUUAAAGAACAGUGCAGAGUCUGAAAACAUGAAUUGGAUAUUAGCGAAUUCAAAGCCAUGUCCUAAGUGCAAGCGUCCGAUUGAGAAAAACCAGGGUUGUAUGCAUAUUACAUGCACUCCACCUUGCAAAUUUGAGUUUUGCUGGUUAUGUCUUGGUGCGUGGUCAGACCAUGGGGAGAGGACAGGUGGUUUCUAUGCUUGUAAUCGCUAUGAAGCGGCAAAACAGGAAGGGGCGUACGAUGAAUCUGAAAGGAGACGGGAAAUGGCUAAAAAUUCACUUGAGAGAUACACACAUUAUUAUGAAAGAUGGGCAACUAAUCAAUCAUCAAGGCAGAAGGCGCUAGCAGAUUUACAUAGCAUGCAAUCUGAAAAGCUUGAAAAACUGAGUGACAGACAGAGCCAACCCGAGUCCCAGCUCAAGUUCAUAACUGAAGCCUGGUUACAGAUAGUGGAGUGUAGGAGAGUAUUGAAAUGGACUUAUGCAUAUGGAUACUACCUCCCUGAGCAUGAACAUGCAAAGCGACAAUUUUUUGAGUACUUGCAAGGUGAAGCUGAGUCUGGCUUAGAACGUCUUCAUCAAUGUGCUGAGAAGGAACUCCAAGUUUACUUAGAAGCAGAAUCACCUUCGAAAGACUUCAAUGACUUCCGCACAAAGCUAGCAGGCUUGACCAGCGUAACUCGGAAUUACUUCGAGAACCUUGUCCGAGCUCUGGAAACCGGGCUGCAAGAUGUGGAGGCGACUGACCACCAAGCAACAUGCAGCAGGACUUCUAGUUCAAAGACCAUCAUCGUCGGGAAGGGAAAAGGUGGAAAGACAAAGCUGGCCGGAUCAGGCUCGAGGUCAGGUGGUCCAAGUCACAGCUUGGAUGACACCAACCUCUGGUCGUGUGAUCGUUGCACCUACGCUAAUGUAAAAUCAACCAACGUUUGCCAGAUGUGUCAGCAGAGACGAUCAUAGAGCCCGGUCCUAGUUUGCUGUUGGUGCUCAGCAGUUCCAACAGGGCUUAUUGAUGUUUUUCAAAUGAUAUCACGGACUAGUUAAAAAGUCCCCCCGUUGUAGGGAAACAAAUGAAAAGAAAUGUGAGAGAAGAAAGCCAAGUAGCUGCCUUUCACAUGGAAGAUUGCUGAAUUGCUACUACCCCUUCCUUGUAUAUAUAUAUAUUUAAAUUCCCUUUGAGAGCUUGGCUUGUUAAUUUAGCAGCAGAAAGUUCCAACAUGGGAAGGCAAAAUAAGUCCCUCUGUUGCAAUGGACUGUCAAAACAUCAAAUUAUGCUAUGUUCCUCUGCUGCAAAAGUUUAUAUUCCAACC